AUGGAGGGAGUGGCGCGAUUGAUUCCGUCAAAAUCUUCAAGGGAAAGCACGUCAAAAACGACGACGAUCUCACUGGACAAUCAUGAUGAUUUUGAUCAAGAUACCCCAUUCUCGUAUGAAACGGCGAUUCCGGUGAUGGAGUCCUCAGGGCAGGACGUGCUCGAACUGGAGAUGAACCAUAAUAUUGGCUAUUUGGAUGCUCGGGAGUUCGGUCGAGCGGCUUCUUUCGAUUCGUUGGCUGCUCCAGCGUACACUGAUGAGUAUUCGGAUGUGAGCUACGAUAAUCUGGGAGCACCGUCGUCUUAUCAAUUUCAACCGGUUGACGAUCUCAUCGAUGAGGAACCAAAUAAGAACACCCAACUGAUCGAUCGAAAUUGUGUUGUCGUCGUUCAGCAGCAAUUAAGCGAAACACCGAUCGAUCACACUGCCUACUCACAGCCGCCAUCAACUGAGCAGUCACGACACGAGAACAACAAUCACACGGGACAUGUUGAUACAGCAGUGGCUCUGAGACAGGUCUAUGCAGUGAAAGCGACAACGGGAGAAGCUAAAUCGGCAUCAACUUUCAGCGCAAAUUUCAGUCGUCCCGUUUCCUCGUCUUCACUCAACACUCUUUCCACCACUCCAUCAACCACUUCCACAUCACACAAAAGAUCGAGUGGUCGAAAUCAACCGAAAAAGGAGCCCCUUGAUCCAAAUGUCGUUGAAGAAGAAGUGGCUAG